AUGCCCGGACAAAAUUGGAGUAUGACACUAGGCGUGAAAAUUCCUCCUAAGUUCAAAGUUUCGAGCUUUGAAAAGUAUCAAGGGGUCACCUGUCCAAAGAUUCACAUUCGAGCUUUUUGCAGAAAGAUGAUUGCUCAUUCUGAUGAUGAAAAACUCUUAAUGCACUUUUUCCAAGACAGCCUUAGUGGAACUUCUCUGGAAUGGUAUAUGCAGCUCGAGCGCACGCAUAUACGAACCUGGAGGGAACUUGCUGAAGCCUUCUUGAAGCAUUAUCAGUAUAAUUUAGACAUGGCUCCCAAUCGGACUCAGCUCCAAAGCCUUGCUCAGAAGCCGGAUGAAUCAUUCAAAGAAUACGCCCAACGAUGGAGAGAUCUAACUGUCGGGGUUCAACCCCCUCUUCUUGAAAGAGAACUGAUAGACAUGUUCGUGGACACCCUUCAAGGGCCGUAUUUUGAAAGAAUGACUGGAAGAACCACUUCGGGAUUCUCGUACUUGGUCAUUGAUGGCGAGCGAAUCGAGAACAACUUGAAGAUCGGCAAGAUACAAGAUACAACAAUUGUGGCUAAUAGAGCGAAGAAGUCUCAUUCCGGAUUCUCAGAGAAGAAGGAAGGGGAGACCAAUGCUACCAUAAUCGCUAAAGGGGGAGAUGGAGGUUACCAAAUGCCAUACUAUCUGGUGGCAACAGUAACACCUAACCCGUAUCAGCAGCCAACGUAUGCUAGCACUACUGAUCCUCCAAUGAUGCAAUAUCAGCAACCCUAUGCUCCUUAG